AUGUCAACAUCAUCGAAGCUAACGCUUUCGCUUGGAGAGCAGCAACUCGCAAAACUGACUAACGAAGCACCCGAAAUCCGCAUGCGUGCAUUGGAGCAGGUUGAGACGCGCUUUAUACGGUGCCUGCAGCACGGCGAAACUAUCAACUUCAAGCCGGUGCUGCUGCUGAAGCAGCUGAUACGUUGGUUUGGCCAUACGCCGCCAGCAGCCGCCGAUCGAGUGCUGGCAUUGAUGCUCGAGCUGCUGCGUUCGGAUUAUGUGGAUGCGAUUGUGCAUAAGAUUCCCUGUCAGCGACUGCUGACAGAGCUGGAGAAGAUUCGAAAGAUAUUGGGAUGUAUGCAGUCAAAGCGGGCCCUGGAACUGCUCGAUGAUCUACAAAGUUUGGUGGCCGUUGUGUACAAUGAAGCGACUCCCGUCGAGAGCAACCUUAGCUCAGGCGAAUCUCAGAGUAGCAGUAGCGAAAUGGAAGAGUUCUCGAUUGAGAAAUUCAAGCUCAGUCCGGCUGACUUUGAGCCGGCAUGGGCCCGAGCCAACCUGGAUGACAUGGCCACAAUGAAGACCAUUGUGGACUCGCUGACAAUUGACAUCGAUCUGGAGCUGCUGGACCACCUAACCAACCUGCAGAUAAAACUAUGCGAUUAUCCAGCCGAGUAUUUGCUACAAACUCCGCACAUAUUUCUCCGCUUGCUGCACAUUCAGCGGAAGCAUGCUAAUAAAGUGCUCCUGCAAAUUAACCGCACGCUUCUCACCACCGUCAAGCUGCUGCAGCGCCGACUGAAGAUUCGCAGCAAGACACUUUACUACUCGGCUAGCAUUGAAUCGCCGGAAACAUCGCCACAGCAGCUGUGCAUUCCCAGCGCCUUAAUGUUGCUAGUAAAUGGAUGCUUGGAACUACUCGGACCGCCGCAGCUGGAGGUCUGCCGCCAUAACUGGCACCUCAUCGAACUUAUCGUGGAAGUGAUUGCAACCUUUUGCCAAAUGUCUGCUCCCAUACCGAAUGGCAUUGUGGAGCGACUGGGACUGGUAGUGCCUAAUCUGUUGGACUAUUGCGGCCGCUUUAGUGCUGAUGCCGGGUCUAAUAACGAAUUGACCAACUUGACAAGGAAAGUGAUGAUUCCGCGACUGCAAUCGUUGAUAUUCAAUGGAUUGCUGAUGGAUGUCAUAUCGCUGAAUAUGCGAAACAACCCAGAGAUGGACAAAGUGGCUGCCCAGGCGCUGCUACAGCCCAUCAUGAUGGACAGCGUCUACUUGACCUGUGUCCCUCUACGAAUGCAAGAGCUAAGCAAUCUCUGUAAUGCACUCAAAAACGGAAAACAAACCGAGAAGCAGCAGAUGUUGCGCUUGAAGCAGGCUUACAGCUCGGCAUUGAAUCAAUUGGUGGCACGGACACGACUUGCACCCAAGGAACUGUUACAUGAGCAGCGUCAGAUGUGCCUCGUUCUCAUCCAACUUGGCAGCGAGAAGUUGUUAAAACAACUCUGUCAGGCAAUUGUCAAAUGCUCCUCCUUCUAUGGCAUCCAGCCUGAUCUGCGCCAGGAGGCGGAGUCGCUGCUCAGCACGUUAUUCGAUUUGCCCGAUCAGCGACUCCGUGGCACUGCCUUGCGUCUGCUGAAGCAGCCAGUUGUGGAGCACUUCCAUGGCUUCUUGAACAACACAAACUAUCUGACGGGAUGCAGCAACAUCGAGUUGGCCAGACAGCACAUCCUCGGCCUGCCCAUGAGCACCCAUUUGUUGCGCAAGCUGCUGGUUCACGCCUGGAUGCCCCAUCAGGCACAACAGGCGCAGUUGCAGCUCCAGCAAUGGUGCAUCGAUUACCUUAUCAUGCUACUGGGACUCGCCAAGCUGGUAGACACUAAGGACUUUAAUGGGAUAUUCAAAAUAGUAUUGCCAGUGAUGCCGCUAAUCAUUUGUCGCGCCAUUAAUUAUCCGCAGCUGCAGCAACUACUCUUCGAACUGCUCAAUCCGGAUGCCGAUUAUCUGGAUCCGCCCCAGUCGAUGCGCGGCAAUGUCUGCUACUUGUAUCAUCCGGAUGCCGAGUUUCGCAAGGAGGCUCAAACACGUGUGGCGUAUGCUCUAAUGUUGCAGGAUCAUCAGAACAAAUACAGGCCCAUUCCGGACCAAGUGUGCCUGGCACUGAUGGGCCCUGAUCUCUGCCUAGUGCGGCCUCCACUUGAUUACUCCAAGUUAUUUAGCGAGCGCAUGAAUCUGCCAUUUAUGCGUAGCCUGCAAGCUCUGCUCCGCUUGUUGGAGACGCCGGACAUAAAGCCGGGCAUACGCAGAUCAACACUCAUCCAACUGAAUGUCCUGCUGCACAAUUGGCAGGCGGUGGAAGCCUUCACCGACUGUGAUGGGUCCUAUAUGCUCUGCCUUAACGCUCUCCACAAUCCAUUGUUGCGUGACAGGACUGUAAGCGUUACGGACGCGGACUCACUGCAGCCGGCGGUUAGUAUUCUGCUGAGAGUGCUCUUUCGGAGCGAGCACUUUCGCCAGGAAUUCAAGGAUAACGCCGAGAUAUUAGUCUGUCUUCUGCGCUGCCUUUACCUGCAUCCACUCGAGGCGCAGCUUCGGAUUGAGGUGAGCGUUUGUAUAUUCCAGCUGCUCUUCCAUGAGCUCUCGUCGCCCACUGAAGAGAAGCUCGUGAUGGACGUCGAUCUGUCGCCUUUGAUGGUGCCGGUUAGCUACGAGAAGGAUUACAGCUCGCCGCCCACAGCUGCCACCGAAGGCAUCGCACUACAGGAUCACUUGCUGGCCAAGUACUUCGAAGGCAAUGAGGCACUAGCUGCUCAGCAUUGGCGUCUCCAUACGGCACUUAAGAUUUGCGGGUCGCCGGAGGACAUGAAACUGUCGGCUCUACAUUGUCUGGACGUUAGUAGUAAUAUGAAGCUAAGAACAGCUGAUCUGGCAUUGGUCCAAGCCUCACUGGUAGAUGUCCAGCUGCAGAAUCAGCUGGUGGAGACCGGCAAUUGCAGCAACCACGAGAUGUUGCACAAGUACGUUGCCAGCAUUCACCUGUUCCUCAUGUUCCUGCAGGACAAGGUGCCGCCGGCUGUGUGCAACAACUUGUGGAAGCUGAUGCACAAGUACUUGAAGCUCUCACCCGGCAACGAGGCGGACCGCGAGCUGUACACGGCACUGUUGGAUUUGUGCCUCAGUUGCUUGCGUCACGACCUGCCGAGGGUGCCUAUGGGACUUUGCACAGCUCUGGAAACGGAUCCGCAUCACAGUUUCUUUGUCAUACUGCGCGACACGAAGGUCUCCUUGAAUCUUCUACAUUUGGUCACCGAUUGCCUCGUCCAGCUGCUGAGCGAGGACCACUAUCAAGGCCAUUUCACCUGGUACAGCAAACUCUUCAUGGAACUCAGUGCUCUGGCUCGCACCCACUUCGAGGAGCGCAAUCUGCAGCAUGUCCGUUGCCUGCUGCGAGUCCUAAGCAAGCUGAGCGAGUGUCCGCUCGACCUGGACGACAACAAGCUACAGAUCUAUUAUCAGCACUUUGUGCAGCUGUCGAGCAACCUGCGCACAUCGACCCAAACAGGCGCCCAGUGGCAACGCGACUGCCUCCUGGUCAUCUGCCAGCUGCAUGCGCAGUCGCAAUCCCCUCUAGCUAUUGGUGGCAAGAGUGGAUGUGGCACAAAGGUGUUGCGCUAUCUGCUCGGCCUGUGUGGCCACGGCGAUGGAGAAGUGCGCGCCCUGGCCUGGGUGUCGCUGGCCAAUUGGAUUAGGAGCAGCGGCGACAGCAUGGUGAGCAUUCUGCUCGAGUUUGUGGAUGCUCUUCCCGGCGGCUUAGCAGCCUGCUGCCUUAGCACGUUGCAGGACGGGCACGAGCUGAUGCUGGUCCGUGAGUUGGCCGCUCGAGUGUUUGAGCUCCUGAUGCCACACAUUGGAGCAACAGCUUGUUGCGAGCUGUUGAAGUGUCACUCGUUUCUACAAGAAGCACACAAGGCACUGGCCACUCUUCAGCUUUAUCCCAAUCUGAAGCAGAAACCGAAUAAGGAACCGCCGGGAACGCAAAACUCGUGCGAAAUCAUUGGCUGCUAUGUGAGCAUAUGUGUGAACCUGGUCCUCCUGCAGCCGACCUGGUGUGCCACACUCUGCGAGCACGCCUUCGUCAAUGCCCUCAGCGAUGUGCUGAAAUUAAAAACGCCGGAUAAACCGCAUCAAAGAGCCUACCUGGAGCUGUGUGCUGGACAAAUCUGCAAGCUGUACGCGGUCUGUUAUCAACAGAAUUUCGAGUUCUUGCAGCGUAGCAUCUGUCGCGACACUGCGCUGCUCAAGAGCUUCUUCGCCCUGAUGGGAGAUGUGCUGUGGCAGGAUGGGAUGCCGGAACACCAGCUAGUUCAAAUACUCAAGUUACUGAUGGUAUUCUGUAAGGAUCAGAAUGCCUUUGAGUUUCUUUGUGACCAAUUCAGGGCUCAUCCUGAUCUGUUCACGAAUCUAAUGUUAUUCGGCUUAAAUCCGGUCUAUGUCCAGGAAGAGCUGCAGCGCUAUACGCUGGCCACGCUCUCACUGGUGCUGAUCAAGGCGCAGGUGGGGAAGGAGGAGCACAAUCUGCUGACGGUCUUUGCGUCGUAUGAAGAGGAGGACAGUGACACGGACAACGAAGAUAAAGAGAAUAACAUAAAUGCCUUGAAUAGACAACUUAAGAUGAGCUUAAGCUUAAAGAAACAGAAAGCACUCGCAAAGUGCUUCAAGGGAAACACAACUCACGUGGAGUUCACCAACGGAAUCGUCUUCCUCUACCAUGCUCUGGACCAGCUAUUCGAUCUGCACUAUCCGGCCACGACAUUCAGCUUUCUGCAACCGGCAAGCAAGAGUCAUUCACAAAUCUGCGAGGUGCUGGGCAAUCUGCUGAAGCAGUCGACUGUGGCCGUGGACACCGCUCGUAAUUAUGGGCUGCUGGAGCACGUUGUCCAGCUGCUGGAAACCUUCCUCGAUGAUGCCAGUGUGGGCAAUGCCACCGUUUAUGUGCGUCGCGUGGGCGCCCACAAGUCGCGAGACAUCAUCAACAAUCUGCUUGUUCUGCUCAACAUGAUGAUGCACUGGCACAACUCUCCCCAAGCUGUCAUCACGGAUGCGGUGAUGGCCGCCCGAGUUGUCCGUGUGCUGUUACGUUUGUGGCCGUGGUUGUCGCAUUCGGCGAUCCUCAAGCACAUGACUGUGCGUCUGACCACGUUCUUAACGGAGCACUCCUUUGAAAUGUGCAAACAGACGUCUCAGGUGCUCUCCAGUCAGUCGCACUCGCUCCUUCAGCUGAUGGUGCGGGUGGCUGAUCACGAGACAACCAAAAAGGAGCUGCCUGGAGCAAAGAACAUCUAUCUCAAAUGUAAUUCGCAUGCAAUUAUUGAGGCCGCACUUCGCGUUAUGAUCAACUGCUGCUCCUGCGCCGAAGGACGGCUCAGUCUGGGCAAGAUGCGUGUGCUGGACAUGUUCGAUACGAUUCUGCCAGCCACCAACAACAAUGUGAGCAAAGUCAAGCCAGACGUUCUGCUCAGUUGGCUGACCUUCUGGGAAAUCUUCUCCAGAUACGAGCUCGGCUACAAGAUCUGCCACAUGCCGGCUCUCCUCAACACGGUGCGUCGUUCGCCGCCCCUCAGUAAGGUACGCAAGUGUUGUCUCCGCAUUCUGCGCAACAUGUGCUUCUGCAACAGCAACCGGACGCAGCUCGUUGGAAUGACCCAAUUCAUGAACUUACUGGGAGACAUCGUGUGCCAGCCAGUGCGGUGCCUAACGGGUGGCGGUGACACCGGCUUAGAGUCAUUUGAGGAGCACAAUCUGGUCAUUCUGUGCCUCUGGAAACUGUUCGGAUUCAGUGCCAAAUACAGAGCAUUGCUACGCGCCUCCAAAUUGUUCAAGCAAUUGACAAUACUUUGUGAUCAACUGGCGAUUAUGGAGUCGCAACAGCGACAGCUCUUUAAGGCAUUUCCCUUUGCAUCGGAAGUGAACAAUAUGCUAUGGUAUCUCUUUGAAGCACUUAAUCCGUAGCCAAGUUCAAAUACUCAAGUGUAUGUUUGUUAAUUAAUUACUAAUUAAUUAUCUGAACGUUUUUUAUUGUAUCUAAAGAUUAGUUUCCUUCUGACUGAUAAUAUAUAUUCGCACUUUUCCGACGUG